AUGGAGCAAUUCUGCAGCUUCAUUGUCAGCUUGGUCAAAAGCCAACGGUAUCCAUACACCAACAUUGACAAACGUGUGCUCAAUCAAGCACAAUUACAAAUUAUCCUUCACAAGUAUCAACUUAUUGACAAGGCACCAUUCACAGGCCAAAAACAACCGGAGGAAUCUGACGGUGCAACAAUUGUCCGUGGCUAUCCUCUUGCAUUUUUAUUAAGCCCACACUCAACCCCCCUUUGCGUCAACCAACACCUAAGACAACAAAUUGUGCGCUACCUCACAACCUCCUUCAAGAUCCUUUCCAAUGCAGCCAAGGCACUUAUUCCUGAUGAACUGGAGCAGUGGGGGCGUCUUUGUAUUGGGAACAGGGGCAAUGAAAUUCAUGCAUGUGGGUACCACAAGCUGCGUUCCAAUGGAAGGGACGCAGCAUUUGUUCAUUACAAGCUUAUGGUAGACCAGGAUGCAGAGCUGGUCUUGGUAAGCAAACGCCUUGAAGAGGAAAGUCAAUACGGCAAACUCCAACAUGUGUUUGUCCUUACCAUCCCACCAAAAACCCCAAAAAUCAACCCAGCCCUCAAAAAGAACCAGUACCUAUUACUUGCACAAAUCUACAAAGCACUGAUCAAGAGCAACAAAAUAGAAGACAAGAAACUUAUCUGGUACAAGGGUAAAUUGGGUACAGGUGAGGUUGUUGACGUCUCAACUAUCCAGUGUGCAGUUGGACGCAUAAAGGAUGGUAAUAGGUGGUGGAUUGUUGACAGGAGCACCAAUAAUACAUUUGCUUAUCCAGAGUUUAUAGAUUGA